CAUCCAUGGCCCAAGUGAACAGCGGUUCGUCCAGUUGCAGGGCCAUGGUCAUGGCUGGCCAAUUUUGGACGAAACCCUCAGCACUGCGCCAGCAACAAAGCGGUCAUCAUCAGCGGAGACUGUCCGCACUGAACCAGCGCAUGAGGUCAGCCAGUAGCGCUGGGCACGGGAGGAAGACCCCGGCAUGGACCCAGCAAGAGGUCCCUAACUACACCUCACCGAUCGACCGCAACGCCUGGUCCAACCGCACCCUGAUCUACAGAGAUGUUAAAGCUUUUCUCAAAGAAAUUGGAGGUGAUCCCCGGGAAGCUCGGUACUGGUUAACGCACUUUCAGCGGGCCGGUUUGUCUCCAGCGUUUGCGGUCCUGGAGGUUGACACUUCAGUGUUUGAAAGUCGUGAGAUGGUUCACAGCCUGGCCUUUGGGCUGUCCUUCCUGCAGCGGAUGGAUAUGAAGCUUGUGGUGGUGAUGGGUCUGUCACCAGAGAUGGAGGAAGAGAACAGCACUAAAACUGGGACUACAUCAUCCUUCUCCAGGACACUGGUUGUGAAGCAUUGUCAGGCUCUAACAGAAGCACUCCAGCACAACUCAGCCAAUGUGAUGCCCUUCUUUAGUUCAGAGGCCCUCUUACAACUGCAGGAACCUCAGACUGGGAGCAGUGGUGGUCCUUUGGUUCUUGUGGACUCAGCUCUGCUGCAGUGGACUCUGGACUGCAGAGCCAUUCCGCUGGUCUGUCCGGUAGGCCGCGACUCCAUAGGUCGUUCUGUCAUUCUCAGCUCGAUCCAGGUGAUGGCAGCCAUCUCGCAGGUUCUGCAGCCUCUGAAAGUCAUAUUCUUGAACAGCUCAGGGGGUCUGCGCAACCAAAACAACAAGGUAUUGGGUCUUAUAUCAUUGCCAGGAGAUUUGCCAGGCCUGAGUUCUGCGGAAUGGCUGAGUGACGUGGAACGCAGAAGGGUCUGUACUAUUGCCCAACUGCUCAGCCAGCUGCCAUUCGAGAGCUCUGCCGUAGUCACCUCCGCUAAUACACUUUUAACUGAGCUCUUCAGCCAUAAAGGUUCAGGCACCCUGUUUAAAAAUGGAGAUCCUAUCCACAGAUACAGCAGCCUUGAUGACAUUGAUGUGGGCCGCCUCUUGGCACUAAUUAACAAAUCUUUUGAGAAAAAGCUGAAAGAGGAUUAUGUAGCAGCGCUCAAGGGUAGACUGCAUUCUAUUUACCUGUCUGAGGGGUACAGUGCAGCAGCAAUAAUCACCACAGAGCCUGUGAACGGCGGCACUCCAUACCUGGACAAAUUUGUGGUCAGUAGCAGUAAACAAGGGCAGGGCACUGGCCAGAUCUUGUGGGAGUGUAUUCGUCAGGACCUGGGCAAGCUCUUCUGGAGAUCCCGCACCACUAACCACAUCAAUUCCUGGUACUUCAAGCACUGUGACGGCAGCUUCGUCAAUGGUCACUGGAUUGUAUUCUGGUUUGGUCUUCCGGAUAUCCGUGAGUCUUAUGAGCUGGUGGAGUAUGCCAAGCACCUUCCCGACUCCUUCUGCUUUCACGCCACAACAGAAACAAUAUCCCUUCGGUCACCCCCAGGAACAUAAAAUCAAACCCAUUUCGUGCACAGUGCUUUGGGGUGAAUUUAUCUGGAUGGUUGAGUAGCUUAACAAAAUCCUGUCAUUAUUUACUCCCCCUCACGUGGUUUCUAACUCACGGGCAUAGAUUUAGGUAGGUUGGUAUAGACAUGUCCCUACAAACUUCUAGAAAAUCAGAAAACUUAAACUUUAUACUGUAUAUUUAUUUUCAUUUGAAUGAUUAUUAAAGUUUCUUAGUAUCAUAAUUCAUGUUAAAAUGAUUGUCCCACCUCUUCUAGAGCAGCGCAGAAAUUGUGUUGUCAUGUGCCACCUGUUACUCUUCUCAGUGCUGUUCAGGAUGCAUCAAUUACAGUCGUUUUUGAUUACUGAAUUAAAAAAAAAACAUUCUAGAGAUUACAUGGUGGAUUUCCAUUUUUAUUUUAGUUCCAAUCCUUAAAAAUAAUAGAUAUAAACAAGCAUUCUUUUCUUGCAUAACUAAUAAAAAAAAAUGUCCUGAGUUUUGCAAUGCGGCCCAGUGGAGGAUUUAUGUUUUAUUAAUUUGUUAAUUUGGCACAAACUUUGUUUAGAUUUCCAUUUGUUUAAUGCUGUAUAAUACAUUUUACAAAAUGCCAUUUAAUGUCCCUUGGAUAUCAUUGUUUUCUCAAUGUACUGUAGAUCUACUAGAAAACAAUUUAAUUGCAUUUUGAUACAUUAAUCUUGGGUUUAUCACAUUGCAUAACAUUGUCAAAUAAUCCAACAAGUUUUCCACAAAAGUCAUUUUUUCCUCCAAAUCUUGCAGCCCUAGUGGUCAGUUCUUAUCCUCACUGUAAACCCUAAUAAAUUAGCAGACUGAUUCGAACUGAAAAAGUCUACGGUAACUCAGAUAACCACUCUGUACAAUUGUGGUGAGAAGAAUAGCGUCUCAGAAUGCUGUUCUGAGAUGUGGGUUGGCGCUGUUUUGGUGGCACGAGGGGGACCUACACAAUAUUAGGCAGGUGGUUUUAAUGUUGUGGCUGAUUGGUGUAACUUUAAAUUGAACUCUUUGGCUGAUAUUAAAAUAAUCAUAUAAGAUCAAAUUAAAUACUUUAUGUAGAAUGAACCUAACUAGCCAGUACUAGCUACAACUGUUUGUUCUUAAAAAUAAUAAUAAUAAUAAAAAAUUAGGCUAAUAUUUAAUGUUGUGGGCCUUCUUAAGUAGCCUAUAUGAGGAAAUAAUGUUAUUUUGCCUAUAUUACCAGACUAAUGUUCUCACAUUUUCUUAAAACCAACAUUUUGAAUAUUAUUCUCCUUGUAAUAUGUCUCUACUAACAUUCAAACCAAACCUACGCCCUUGUUCUGUUAUUUUUUUUUUUCUGUUGAGCACAAAAGGAGAAUUUUUAAAGAAUCUUUAUACAGCACUUUUCCAUACAAUGACAGUUCACAGGGACCAUAACAUUGCUCUAAAAAGAUAAAGAAACAUCCUAAAAAAGUAAAGGUAGUUCAUAUGACUUGUCAUAUGUUCCAAGGUAGUAUGCGUGACUCAAGCAAAGUUGGAUGUCAGUGACAUCAAACGUCAUGACCAUGAAAUUUAUUGUAAGAAAAAUAGCUGCGUAAAGAUUUUUCAGAAGUUCUCGCUUUUUAUGUUCCAGACAAAAUAACAGCAUGUUUGGAAUGGCAUGAG